UGUCCAUGGAAACCAGGGAUACAGAUCCAGCCACAAAGUUUCGAGAAAUUGUUCCAUAGAUGGCGAUCACUAACCGGUAGUUGGCAGGUGAAGAAGACAUGGCAGGAAAUCAUAGAUCAGCACCGCUAAAUGAACUGUGUGUACACAAAAACCUAAAGGAACAAAGCAAAGGACAAGCACAAGAUAAAUUAUGUGUAUGGGGACACUGGGAGAAGCAUAACAGAUGGAAUGAUCACCAUAAUCAACCCUUGGAGAAAGACCAAAUAAGGGAGGUUAUGAUGGAGGAUCUAGAGACACAUAAAAGCAAAGAGGAUACAUGCAGCAACAAUAUUACUAAUGACCUGGGUGUAGAGGUCCACAAGGAGACAAGUGUAUUGGAUGAUUUGGACAGUUUAGAUGGAAAGAAAGGCCAGCAGGAGAAAAGCAGAGUGAAUACACCAGAGAGUACACAAAGGGAGAAAGAUCAACAAGAUAUGAAUAUUGAGGGUCAUUGGGAGAGUCUAGGCAGAGAAAAAAGCCAAAUGGACACAAAUUUAAGGAAGGAAUCAGUUAAAGUAUCAUCAGGAGCUCAUGAACUUCAGGAGUGGCCUGAUGGAUCGUGCUACAGAGGAAAUGUUUCUAUGAACAUGAAGCUGGGUUAUGGAGAGUUUAAAUGGGUUAAUGGAGAGAGCUAUGCUGGGGAAUUUUACAAAGAUCAUCAGCACGGAAAAGGAGUUUACUUUUGGCCAGAUGGAUCCAGAUUCACUGGUUCUUUUUAUCUUAGCCGAAAGGAAGGUUAUGGGACUAUGGCAUUUCCUGACAGCAGAAAAUUCCAGGGCCUAUACAAGGCGGAUGUCCGUUUUGGGCCUGGGAUUGAAAGCUACAGUGAUGGCAGCCAGGAUGUUGGCAUUUGGAUAGGACAUCACCUCAUUAGGUUCUGUAAUGUGAUUCCAGGCCCAUUCACUGUUUCUUGUUACCCAUUGCUUUGUCAGAAGCUUGAUGACGAAACAUCUAAUAACGAAGGUCUUAGUCCAAGACUAGAUGCAAAUUUGGUGGAAGAUCCCUUUUACUAUAGAUUCAAGAUCCUGCUCUUAGAAGACAGCUACACACUACCUGAUAGAAUGUACUCAUAUUCUUCAGAUACAGACCAUCUCCCUCUCCCCCCCUCUGUGCGUGCAGACUUUGAUCACCAUUUUUAUAGCCCUGCCAUUAACCAGCAAGAGCAAUCCCAGAAUGUACAAUGCAGCGAUCAAACAAAAGCAGUGUAUUUACAUGUUAACAAACACAGGAACAGUCCAGAACACUGUACCUGGAAUAUCAGUUCUAUCAUGUGUGGCAAUCGAGAGCAGUUUGGUCGCAAAGGCCCCCAGGAGCUUAUAGCGGAGAAAAUUAUUGAGAUGGCUUCAGUGGGAGAUUAUGACGCUGUUUCUAAUAUACUGCGACAUGACGUGGCCCAUGUGGACGUGAGUGACUUUAAUGGGAACGAUGCCCUGCACACCGCAACUGUCAAUGGUAAUAAUAACAUCAUUAACCUUCUGCUUGAUAAUGGAGCGGAUGUUAAUAGGCAGAAUGAUGAGGGACUUUCAGCUCUCGCUUUGUGUAUGAUGGCUUUCUACAGCACGAAGACAAUAUGGGCAAACGUGGCCGAGAGGAACUUAUUGACUUAUGAGGAGAAAAAAAAUGAAGGCGAGAUGAACCCCUUGCUAAAUGACACAAUCCUUAGGGAUGGAGACACUGACAGAUCUAACUCCCCACCAAGUGACUUAAAAAAACGUGAAAAUUUAGAAAAUAAAGGAUUUUUUCCAUCAUUCAGUCUAAACAGCCCCAACAACAGAGAGGCCACCAUGAAAUUACUUCUCUUGCGAGGUGCUGAUCCCAAUAAAUGCUGUGUGCCAAUGCAUGCUUUGUUCCUUGCAGUGAAAGCUGCUGAUGUAAGCACUGUUCAGCUAUUGCUGGAACGUGGGGCUCGAACAGACAUACGCCUGGCCACAAAGCAUGGCUCGGUUACUCCUCUUCACGUUGCGGCUGCACUUCCAGUCCCUGAGGGAGUCAGAAUAACGGAGAUCUUGUUGCAUGCAGCUGCUGACCCCAAUGCAAGAGCGGGAGAUGGGGAUGAUGUUUAUGAACAAGACAAGGGUGAAAAUACAGGUCCCAUCGCAGGCUUUUUUACGAAAGGCUGUCUGGACUCGGGCUCUUCUCUGUCUCAUUACUGCAGUCGAAACCCCAUCGUGCCGGUGGAGGGAGGACGGACACCUCUGCAUGUAGCAUGUGAGCGGCAGGAUAACUUCAAGCAUGCUAGAGACAUAAUCUGCCUGCUUCUGGACCAUAACGCCGAGACGAACGUUCUCUGGAGUGGCCACUCUCCUCUCUCCUUAGCCGUGGCCAGUGGAAAUGAUCUGGCUGUGAAAGAACUUUUAGCAAGAGGAGCGGAACCCAACUUGGCCCUCACCCAUGGAGUGGGCAGUGCUCUCUGUGCAGCUGUCAGUACCACUUACGAGAGGCAGAGGACCUUAGCUGGGCGCUUGGCUCUGGUAGACAGGCUCAUAAGGGCCGGUGCAGACAUUCUGAUGCCAAUCACACUCGUAGCAGGGAAGAAGACUGCAGUGGGGACAGCCACAGACUAUGCUUAUUACAAAUUCUUUAAGGAUAAAAGAAUAGCAAAUACCCCUUAUCAUGCUUUGUCACCAGAGGAGCGUGAGAUUUACAAUGAACGGAGGGAGCUGCUAGAGCACUUGAGUAGCCUGACCCGAGAUGCUGUUAUCCUGAAAGACAGAGAGUGGGCAAAAGAAGGCAUCUUCAGUGCGUCUGGGGUAUCCAGAGAUUCAACAAUAAAGAGGCGUGUGGAACAUUCAACUGACGAGUCGCUACAGAGAAAAUCCUUCUUCAAGUUUUGCUACCAGUGUGGGCGCUCUGUUGGUGUGAAGCUAAUGCCGUGCUUGCGCUGCUAUUCCAUUUACUUCUGUAGCAAGCAGUGCAAGAAGAGAUCAUGGAAUGAGCUUCAUAAAGAGGAAUGCCAACUAUUUACAGGGAACCUCAUCAACAAAAAAACCUCUGCAAACAAAUUAGAAAAGGCGAAAACAGAUGGUAAAGUGAGCCCAUCAAAACGUGUAAAAUCAGGAAACACUACUAGAACACGCGUAAUGUCAGAAGAUCUUCCAAUCAUCGGUGAAAACUACAGCUUUAACUGACAUUGUAUCACGUGUAACAGGGCAUGGCUCUCCUUAUUGUUCUAAUAAAUAAUCACUCACUCCUUGUGAAUCCUAAACUUCGUUAAAAGUGGCGCACGUUAA